UUAACCUUGCUAGCUCAGCUCACAGUAACCCACACAGCCGCAUGCGAAUAGGACGCACAACCACCACAAGCGAGCACAAUGGAGCAAGCUAGCAACGCGCAUGACGAGCUGAGCCUCGAGCUCACCCUGGCCAGCGCCGUGGGCGUGGCGCUGGCGGCGCCUCGCUUCUUCCUCUGCGCCUACUGCGACCGCAGGUUCCUCACCGCGCAGGGGCUCGGCGGCCACCAGAACGCGCACGAGCAAGAGCGCGCCGUUGCCAGGCUCCACCGCGACGCCGCCACCGACAUGCGCGCACAAGCAAGAUUGCGCCGUUGCCAGGCUCCACCGGCAGCAUGCAAGGCUGCUUCUCUGUUGCCCGAGGACGAGGAGCCUGCUGCGGGUGGCAUGGCGCACAAGCGUGGCAACAGCUUGCCAGAGCGUGAGCAAGAGAUGGACUUGUCUCUCCGGCUGUAACCGGUCGGUCGAUAGAUCUCUGCUAAAAUGGUUGCUCCGCACCACUAUUUCGGUUGUAGGUACGUCAUGGUCUAGCUACUUUGCGUGGACCCUUUGUUUCAAGCUCGUGUUGGGCAUCCUUUUUUUUUUUUGGAAACUUGGCAUCCUGUGAGAAACAAACUCAUGUGUGCGGGCAUUGCAUUGAUAGGCUCUUCUACUUUUUUUUGUUUUUGAAAUCUUGAACUGAAUCUCUAGACCUCUUGCCGCUCCUGAUGAAACAAAAUUCCCAAUUUCUCCAGCCAGCUUGUAUGUUCUUCUUUAUGCUAAUUAGUUUUUUUAGAAAAAUUCAA